AUGUCUAAAAUAAUUCUGCCCUUGGAGUCUAAGUUGUUAUCAUCAUCUAAUCUCAGAAAUGACCUUGACAUGGAGUCUCAUGAGACGCGGAGGCAGCUGCCAGCGAUGGAUAUAAAGAAAUUUUUUGCUCUCGAGACGGCCUCGGGAAAAAGUGGUUCCAGUAACAUGGAGAUUGAAGGGAACAGUGAGCGUAGCCCUGCAGGGGGAGGAGUCUGUUACAAUGAUGACAUGUUGGUUUCUCCGUUAAAGAAUCCUGCUUUCACGUCGUCAUCCGAGACUCACCGGAGUGUUUCAGUUUCUCGUACAAAAGCGGAUGAUAUGCAUUUGGACAACAUGGAAGAUGCAGUAGAGGGAGAAGAGUGGAAACCACCAGUUUGCGAUCGAAAUGAUACUUUUUAUAUGUUUUCUGGUGACGAGGGAGAGAGAUUUUCCUCUAUUCAUGUACCCCAUGCCCCUGUCGUUAUUCCACCGGAGAACACAUCCAUAGAUUGUGCUGGCAACCAUCAGACUGUAAAAGCCAGCGAGCCUUUGCUUGUUGCGGCAGGUGUUCCUGUUGGGGGAUCUAUGCAUCAUCCUCUGCACUCGCCCCAGGGACGCAAAGAUUGUUUGGUAGAACUUUAUUAUAGAGGGGUUAAAACACGAAAUAAAUUAGAAGAGAAGUGGGCCACCAUACGUGCUGCCCGGGAAAAUGCGUUUAAGGCGUAUUCGUUUCAACCAACAAUCACAAAACGGGCCAAGGCAAUUCCACGUCGUGGGAACAUCCCUAGGUGUUCCAAGCAUGAUACUCGCCUUUGUCAACAUCUUCUUCUUGAGGCAUGGAAGCCGGAAGCUGAUGGGCAGUGUCAGCCCAUCCCCACGAUUUCCAAAGGUUCCGAGCGCAUAGUGCGUCGGGUGAGGGGCAACAGCGCAACUGUGAUUCCUGUGGAGGAGCGAUUACAUUUGGAUUCGGCUCGACGUCGGUAUCGAAUGGAAGAGGAGGCGGUGAAGCCGCAGAUUUCUUUGGUUAAGCGCACUCCAGAUGAUAUUAAGGCGCAUAUUGAUCGUCUUUACAUGUACGAGGCAAGGCGUCAGUUGGCGCUGCAUAAGCUGCGGGAAGAGCUGGAUGCGGGUCGUUGUCAAGCAUCAUUGCAUGUAAACGGCGAGGAUGUCGUUGGGCGGCUUGUUAAGCCGAUGGAAAAGACACGAUGUAGGCAUUCCAUGGAUGAGGAAGAAUUGUGUUUUGCACCUCAACUUUCUUCCGGAACGGAGGAGUUAAGUCUCCGCGCGCGAAGGCGGCGAGUAGACGAGUGGUACAUGUUUUUUACUCGGAGGCGCCAUGAAGAUGCCUUUUUACCGAAUGCGGUUGCCGAAAAGAUACGUGAGGCACUGCGGCAAGCAGAUUUGUCAAGGGAUUUUUCCAGAACUGCCUUUGGCUUGGCCCUCGAUGAGUACGAAAAAAAACAUGGAGCACAGCUGUGGCACUUAACGCCGCCGCCCCUUGCGCCCACACCGAACGAGGAAUUAACGUUUGCGCCAAGGAUCAACAACUGCAGGAGGUCGCAGGAGUCUGCGCAGACGGCACACGAGCGGUUGUUUUCCGCGGCAAAAAAACAACAGCUGGCAGUAAAAGAAGAGGAGGAGCGAGUACGGCUGGAAGAUGUCUUGAAGGAGAGGAGACGAAAAGAAAAACAGCAGCGGCAGGGACGGCAAGCAAGGGCCUUGUCUGCGAAAAAAACGAAAUUGUUAGAAAAACCAGGCAGUACGGAGGAGGAAGGAAGAAGUUCUCCAUCCUUGUUACCUCCAAGUGACUCUCCACCGAGUAUUGCAGAUGCGUCAGACGAGUGUGAGGUCUUCGUUGUGUCACCGACAUCAGAUACCUCUGGUCCAUCUGAUUCUACUUCGCUGCCAGUUGAGGUGCCAACAAUGUCUGCAUUCUCGCAUGUUUUGGAUGCUGCGAAGCAGUUGCAGAAUUUAAUCGAUGCGCCAGAGGAGGGAGAAGAAAACAGCAUGUCAUCAUUUUCCCCUCGACGAGAGGAGGCUUCUUUUGUGGAGUGUCCCGAGCCGGUUUUGCUUGGUGAUACGCCUCAGGUGGCGGCCGCCCCUCCUGAGUCUUCAGCUUCGAGAGUUUGUGGAAGCAAAAGCCGUGCACUCAAGAAGAUGCGUGUGUCUACGGACAUCUUGCUAGAGUGUGCGCUAAGUCGCCUCACCUGGUCCGCAGACGUAGCCACGCGGCGGCGCGAGUGGAGGGAGAGUCGACGUCGUCUGCAGGGAGUUGGAAAAAUGCUUUAUCAGAAGAUGUAG